AUGGGUAGAAGCGUAGAAGAAGCUUACAACAAAUGGAGAUCUAAAUAUUUGCGUGCGUACGGGGACGGUUUCUAUGUCUACUACAAGGAACCGAGUGAAGGAUGCCCAGAAAUGACAUGCUCAGAAGCACAUGGCUACGGCAUGUUGAUUGCCGUGCUCAAGCGCAAUCAGCAGGACUUUGAUGGAUUAUACAGAUAUUUCCUGCAAUGGAAAAAUUCAAAAGGAUUGAUGCAAUGGCAACAAAAGAGCACAAAGACUGGAUCAUUCGUGCCAGGCGAUCAAGGAGGACAGAACUGUGCAACAGACGGUGAUGUGGAUGUGGCCACUGCUUUAUUUAUUGCUGGUAAAGUCUGGGGAAGAGGUGGUGCUCAAGGAGAAUACGAUUAUCACGCUGCUGGCUGUGCACUGGCCGCCUCUAUUUGGCAGUACUGCUUUAAUCAUGAUACGUUUAUGCCUUUGGUGGGCGAUUGGGCUGAUCCAGGAGAUGAAGCUUAUGCUUUGACAAGACCCAGUGAUUUCAUUCUGAGCGGGUAUUUGAUGUUUUACCAUUGCGAUCAAGAAAGGCAACAGACUUGGGGAAAUGUCAUCCAUACCAUUAUCAAUACAUGCCAAGCACAAUUGGCUUUAAACCCGCAAACAGGCUUGAUUGCUGAUUUCUUGACCUUGGAUCCAAGAACAAAGACAUACAAUCCAGUGCAUAAAGAAGUCUUGGAGAGUAAGCAUGACCCCGAUUACAACUGGAACUCGUGUCGUGUGCCUUGGCGGUUGGGACAUUAUUACAUGCUUUCAAAAGACGAGCGACUGUUACCAUUACUACAGACAGAGGGGCAAUUCUUUGCUAACCAACUGGCUAAAGAUGGCGACGAGUGCCCUAUCAGAGCUGGCUACAAGUUGAAUGGAAAGUGUAUCGCCGAUUAUAGCGAUCUUGCAUUCAGUGCGCCUGUCAGUUUCUUGUUCUGGGUGCUUGGUUGGCAGCAGCAACUGCAUCAAUUAAUGCGGUAUAUUGAUGAGGAUGAUGAGUGCACGUAUUUUGGAGAAACAAUUGCCAUGCUAGGAUUUUUGCAAGCGCAGGUACCGUACUAA